AUGACGUCGCACCUGUGGGUCAUCGGGGUGUCGCUGUCGCUCACCGCCACGCUCUUCGGCACGCUGGGCAAGGUGCUGCUCAAGUUGGCGCACACGUCGUCGCAGGCGCUGUCGGUCAAGGCUGCGGCGACCGUGUGCGUGUUCCUACUGAACCCGGUGUUCGACGCCAUGAGCUACGCGUAUGCUGCACAGUCCAUUUUGGCUCCCAUGGCCGGCUUCAGCGUGGUGUGGAACAUCGUACUGUCACCUUAUCUGCUGAACGAGAAGCUGUCCACGCAUGACUUGAGAGGUUCGGCGGUCAUCCUGCUCGGCUGCAUGCUCGUGGGCAUUUCGGGGAGUCACGACACGCCGACACACCACAGUGCCGAACUGUUUGCACUCUUCCAGAGCAACAUCUUCAUCGAGUAUGCCAUCUUUGCCGUGUGCACGGCAGUAGUGUUGGUGUGGAUGAUCUGCAGCUAUGAGAAGAAGAGCGGAUGGAGGAGGUUUGCAUUUGGCGCGCUUUCCGGGCUCAUUGGCGGCAAUCUCUUCUUCUUGAAGGCCUCAGUUGAGCUGCUCGCGGAAGGUGGCGGCAUCUGGACCAACCCCGAGACGUAUGCCAUUUUCGUGAGUGCACUGUCAACGGCAGGAGGCGGCAUUUACGUUCUGGAUCUUGGUCUGCGCGAGUACGAUGCGCUUUACCUGGUGGCAAUCUACCAGGCCUUCCUCAUCCUGAUCGGCUCCGUGUCGGGAGUGAUCUUUUUCCACGAGAUUUCAGGCAUGAACUCCUGGUGGCAAUUGGUUGUCUACCCAAUGAGCAUCGUCACAACGGUGGGCGGCAUCAUUGUCUUGUCAGAGAAGCACACCGAGCACUGCGACGCCUCAAUCAGUGGCGCGAUCAACGGAGCCAAGCAAGGUGAAAUCUCACCGCUUAUUAUCUCGCAGAACGGAGUCAAGAACGGCUUCAAGCACGGCUCCCUAGAGGCUGUUUAA